AUGGCUAGUACGAACGGCGGCUCGUGUGUGCAUGACAUCGGCUCCAUAACAGCUCGAGAAUUUCUGGAGGUUUUAAACGCGCCAAACUAUAUUGACGAUAAAUUUAGGGUAAAAGAACCUGCUGAGGGGACUGGCUCUUGGAUUUAUGACCGGCCAGAGUAUGCAGAAUGGCACAACACUGAGGAGCGGCUAGCAAGCCUACACAUUGUUGGCAAGAUGGGCAGUGGGAAAUCUGUGCUGAUGAAGAGCAUUCUCAAGAGCUUACAAUCCCAGGCUGGGAACCUACAAACGCAUGAAUCAGGGGUUCUCUACUUCUUCUGUACCUGUGUCGAUAGAACAGAUACGCCUAAAUCUAUUCUAAAAGCCCUAAUUGUACAGCUUAUAAACAACUACCCCGGAUUAUUCGAGAAAGCAGUUCCAGAUAUCGAGAUCUUCCAGGGCCAGCAAUCACCCGGCUCGAUCAACUGGUCGCUUGGGGCCAUGUGGCACGUUUUUAUAACACUCCUUAAACAUGUCUCUUUUUCCACACUCUAUUGUGUCAUCGAUGCUCUUGAUGAGUGUGAGCCAGCAGGGCUUGAUGAUCUUCUCCAGCGGCUGCUCGAUUUGUCAAAGAACCCAUCAUCUUCUGGGAUCAUGGUUACUACUAGACUCCUAUUUUCUAGUCGUGAACACCCCCAUAUCCUCACGUUACUAGACACAGGUGAAACCUGCCUCAGAGUCUUUAUUCGCCCAUCGUGUGUUGAACCCGAUAUCCGAGUUGCCAUGCAGAGUGACUUUUGUACUCUGAAAAAGCUGCUUGACCUUAAUACUGAGGAGACUGAAAAGUUGCAGGAAACUUUGCUCAAAAAAUCAGACGGGAUGUUCGUCUGGGUUUUCCUGGCUAUGAAGGAGAUAGCGUGCAAUUGCCACCAUGCGACUUAUGAAGACCUUGAAGGGCUUAUCAAUGAUUUACCAGUUGAGCUGAAAGGUUUAUAUGAGAAGAGCUGGGCGAAACUCAUUCAAUCGUUAUCCACUAAACAGAUAGAGCUGGCAAAGCGCGUCCUUGUUUGGAUUCUUCUUGCCAAACGCCCCUUGACCAUCACUGAACUGACCGUAGCGCUAGCUAUUAAUCCCGGUGAAAAGACUAUUCCACAUCGAAACAAGCUCCUUCGCUCACUACCAGACUUUAUUCGAGGUUCCCUAACACCGUUUGUUGAGAUUUCGGAGAUGGAUGUUACCCAAAUACAGCCUGCCAACGCGUCUGGGAGCGCAGACUCAAAUCCCUUUGUGCCUAUAGGGCCUAGAGUACGCCUAGUGCAUCAAUCGGCACAGGAAUACCUUCUUGAUGUGUGCGAUAGAGGCGAUGGCGGCCAAAGCUCGCCUGGCCUCAGUAUUGAUUUACGAGAUGGCCAUGCGACACUUGCGCUUGUCUGUAUAUCUUAUCUUAAAUGUGAAGAGCUUCAGCUGGGUUGGAUAGGGUUGGAGGAUCGGCAUCCCGACGGAGGACAGAUCGUAACAGAAGAGACCAGAGAGGAGGUUCGAAAGAGACUAGAAACAUAUACUCUGCUUGAGUAUGCGGCGCGAUAUUCCUAUUAUCACGUCCGACAACUCCAGUCUGUUCCUUAUUCAAAAGAAUAUACUGGCGGACCUGAGUUAAGGAAGAAGGAUUACGACAUAGUCCAACAAGCUCUUGACUUCAUUUUGAAAUAUCGUCGGGGUUAUGAAUGCGCGGUGCAGGUUUUGCAGUUUAUGAGCGCUUGGGACUCUAAGCUACAUGAUGGCCCUCCUCCUCCUAUUUCAGCUGCCGUUAGGCUCGGUGUACCUGCGAUGGUGCGGAGUUUGUUAGAUGAUCCCGCCACAGACAUCUUUGAACGGGAGAAGGCAUAUGGUAAUUUGCCUCUUCAUUAUGCGGCCGCCAUGGCUACGAAAACCACCCACCUAGGAGAAUUUGUCAGAAUUAUCGAAAUGUUGCUUGAGAAGGGUGCAGACAUCAAUUACAUUAAUAUCACUGGGUGUACGCCAUUGCACAUUGCGUGUCAUCACCAACUUCAUGAGGUUGUGAAAAUACUCUUGGAGAAGGGCGCGGACGCAUCUAUAAAAAAUAAGCGGGGAGAAACGCCUUUGAAUAUGGCCUGUACGCUCAAGUCCCAUAAAACUGUAGAGAUGCUAAUCGAGGCUGGCUCGGAUUGUGAAACGCACGACAAUUUGGGAUAUCAGCCGAUAGUGAGAGCAGCAACAGUCUCCAGCUGGGAGACAGUACGGUUGCUCUUACGGCACGGAGUUAACCCUAGAAGUCACUUAAAGGAUGGGUACACCUGUUUGCAUGCGGCUAGUCGCUCAGGAGAGACACACAUUAUGGAACUACUCCUUGACGCUGGAGUUCCGGCCGACAUCACAAUGGACGGUGGCUGGACUCCUUUACAUAUUUCAGUAAGGUAUAACCAACUUGAGGCCACGCAACUCCUUCUUGCGCGUGGUGCAAGCCCAGCAGCACCUCGCGACGAUGGCUACCUGCCACUACAUACAGCGGCGACAUUUUCGUGCCCCAGGCUUCUUGGGCUUUUGCUAUCCAAUCAACUUGAUCUUGAAAUAUUACUGGAGGCUGGCCCAGAGCCAGUCAUCUGCUGUGCGAUAAGAGGGGAAUUCCCGCAAAAUAUCUCCCUUUUAAUUGAGAGGGGAGCAAACAAGGAUGUUCGAUGCGAUACUGACGGGUUGACACCUUUGCAUAUUGCGGCUAUUUGUGACCGUCUAGAUGCUAUUAAAACACUCUUGGGUCACGGUGCAGACAUCAAUUCCGUCACUGACUAUGGGCAUGAUGUUCUUACUACUGCAACCGGAGGCAGUAGCUUUGAGGCUGUCCGGAUUCUCGUUGACAAUAAUGUAUCAGUCGAUGGAUGCAGCAACAUGGGGGUUAUGACACCCCUUCAUAUGGCGGCAUAUGACGGCAAAACCAAGGUCGUCGAGUUUUUGCUCCAGAAAGGGGCCAUCAUCGAUCGCUGUGGUCCUGAAGGAUUGACACCGUUAGCGAUCAGCGUCAGUAAAGGUCACCUUGAGAUCUCGGACUUGCUGGUCAUGAAAGUACAUUUCAGAAGCUCAGCUGCAAAGGUGCUUUUGAACCCAUAA